AUGUCUCCCACCUUCGCUUUGGCUGCCGUCGCCUCCCUUCUUUUCGCGACCGUCAGCGUCCAUGCCGAAUCCCACACCGUCACCUUUGUCAAUCAAUGCGGAAAAGGAACUCCUACCCUCAUUGUAGGCGGUCAGGUCGUGUCUACCGGACAGCCCUACACAAGCAACGGUCCUCUCGAUAGCGCAAUUGCAUACCUCCAGACUGGUGACUGUGGUUAUAACGGCGAGCAAUGUACCCUCCUGGAAAUGACUCUCGGAAACCCCACCGUCCCCGGUGGUGGUUCAUCCACCGAUAUCAGUCUCAUCUCUCCUCACACAUUCAACGUCGAAGCGUCCUUCAGCUACUACGAUGGCUGUGAUAACACUGGUGCCGACUGUGCAUAUCAAGGUUGCCCCAUGGCGUUUUACCAAUCCAACGACAACCAGGUCCAGGUUGCCUGCCAGACUGACAACGCCAACUUGCUGAUCGCAUUUUGUGCGGAUGCUAGAACGUUGACGCCGCCCGGUUCCAGCGCUACUCCUCCGAGCUCUAGUGCUGCUGUUCCUCCGAGCUCUAGUGCCGCUGCUCCUCCGAGCUCCAGUGCAGAGCCAUCCUCAACCCCGACGUCGUCUUCAGCGCCGUCCCCGUCUCCGACCCAGUCCCGAGUUCCUCAGUGCUCUCUUCAGCGCCAGCAGCGUCGAGCUCGGCUGCGAGCUCGCUCCCUUCUCAGCGCUGCCACCGGCCCUAGUGCCAGUGCUCCCGUCGUCUCUUCUGCCACCCCACCUGCGAUUCCGAGCUCCUCUGCGAGUCCGAGUGACCCCAGCAGCGCUGUCGCGCCGCCUUCUUCCGCUGCUCCCUCUUCCAGUGCGGUCCCGUCUUCCGGUGCCAUUCCCUCGUCCAGCGCGGUCCCGUCUUCCAGUGACGUGCCCUCUUCAAGCGCGGUCCCGUCUUCCAGUGAUGUGCCCUCUUCAAGCGCGGUCUCCGCCCCCAGUGGCGUGUCCUCUUCAAUUGCGGUCCCUUCUUCAAGCGCAGACCCCUCAUGCAGUGAUGACCCAUCUUCCAGUGACGUUCCUUCCUCGAGCGCGGUUCCGACCUCCAGUGGCGUGUUCUCUUCAGUUGCGGUCCCCACUUCAAGCGCAGACCCCUCAUGCGGUGUCGACCCAUCUUCCAGUGACGUUCCUUCCUCGAGCGCGGUUCCGUCCUCCAGUGAAGUCCCCUCGAGUGUGGCUCCUUCCAGCGCGGCUCCUUUCAGUGCGGCUCCCUCUAGCGUGGUCCCUUCUCCCAGUGACGUCCCGUCUUCAAGCGCGGUUCCCUCCUCGAGCGCUGUCCCCUCUUCGAGUGAUAUCCCAUCCUCGGGUGUGGCUCCCUCGUCCAGUGAUAUCCCGUCCUCGAGCGCGGCUCCCUCGUCCAGUGAUGUCCCGUCCUCGAGCGCAGCUCCGUCAUCCAGCGUAGCUCCCUCCUCCAGCGUGGUUCCUUCUUCCAGCGUCGCUUCCAGUGCUCCCACACCGAGCGCGUCCUCUUGCCCUGCCAACAAGCGCCGCUCUACCCGCGCUCAGCGCCGCAACGCGUCGCCUUUCCCGGAAGAGAUGGGCGCCGUCUACUCUUCGCAACCCCGCCGCCACGCUCGCGCUGCGCACAACCGCUUUGCGUCCUCGCACUGA